UGACUUUAUCACGCAUCAUUUGCAGAUUCUGGAAGGAGAUACAGCCAUCAAUCUCAGAGGUCUUGGAUGACUCCUGAGCAUGAUGGACUUCUUGGAAGUGGUUCAUUUCCAAGACCAUCUGGUUAUGCAGCUGGAAUCUCAGCUGCAAAGGUGCGAGCAAAUGAGAACUAUCAACUUGGCAAGAAGAAUGAGCCAUAUCAACCUCCGCGCUCUUUUAAGGCAAUACCUCACUCUCGGAGAGAAACUGAUUCCUAUAAUGAUGAAACUUUUGGUUCAACGGAGUACACAAGUGAUGAUAGGGCAGAAGAAGAAAAGAGGAGAAGAGAUUCGUUUGUAUUGAUGAGAAAAGAACAACAGAAGUCUCUUCAGGAGAAACAGAAAAUGAGUCUGGAGAAGCAUAAAGCUGGCAAUGCCUCAGACCUUUGUGAAUCUUUGGAGGGUAACAAAGAUGAAAAGGGACUUCUGGGAGUGUUUAGUGAAUUGGAUGUUUCGACUGCUACUACUCCAAUUUUGAGUAAUGAAUCUGAAAAAUCCUCCUUUUCUUCAAAUGCUUCUAGACCACCUGUUCCACCAGGUUUUACUAACAAUAUUCUGGAGAAGAGUUCUGAUACGAACUCUUUGGUUCCAUUCCCUUUAGCAGAGAUUGGGAAGCGUGUAGCAGGGGAAAGACUUCUGCAUUUUAGAACCAACCCCAUCCAAAAUGGUUAUGUUGAUGGUUUAGAUCAACAGUUAUCAAAAGAAAUUAGCUCAAUUGAUGGGCAAACUGAAGAUAAGAAUAAGUGUGUACCACUUCUGAAUGAGGGGAAGAUUGUGAAUUCACGCUCAAGUUUAGGUGUGCCUCACGAGAAAGUCAACAUGGAAGAUCAGUGUGAUCCUACUAGUUUUUCAUAUGACCAUGGAAUUUUGAACGAGUCUGAACUUAAUGCCAAAGCAUUGGAGGACAAAGUUGUUGGCAAGUCCGAGGGAAAAUAUUUGUCAGUUCUGGACAAAUUUUUUGGCAGUGCACUAACGAUGAAUGAUGAUAGCACUGUGGAUUCAGCUGAGCAUCACUAUGGCAAAGUUCCUGACACAUGGAGCCCAAAAUGUACUCAGUCCUCAAAGUUUGCCCAAUGGUUUUAUGAAGAAGAAGCACAGUCAGUGAAUGACAUCUCAGCUGGAAGACCGAAUGAUUUACUCUCGUUAAUUGUCACUAGUGAUAAAGAAAGAUCACAAGUUUCUGCUGCAAAAUCUGAGCACUUUACACAUGAGAGCUCCGAACAUACUAGUAAGUUCUCAGUUGACAUGCCCUCAGCAACUAAUGGCAUCUCUGAUGAGGUGUUGAGCAGUAAUGAAAAAGAAGUAAGUUCGACGGUUCUUACAUGCGAAGACCUUGAACAGUCAAUUUUGUCAGAAUACAGUCAAAAGAAUUCGAACACAAUGACACUGUUGAAAAGCUGGAGUGCUUCCAGCAAAAAUUUUGAACAGCCUAGAGAACAUGAUGAUCAUGCAUCUCAGCACCUGUUUUCAUUGUUGCAAAAGGGAUCAGACCCAAAUACUAUGACCCUGGGCCCCAUUCCUGACAUCAGCUUUGGAGACAAAGUACUAGUUUCCGAAGAGCGUGAAAUUGGAACUGCAAUUGAUGAUCCUAAAGCUGAAGAGCACACUAGUAAUAUUCAUUAUUCUGGAAAGAAUCUUACACUUGAAACGCUCUUUGGAACAGCUUUCAUGAAGGAGCUCCAAUCAGUUGAAGCACCUAUUUCUGUCCAAAGAGGCUCAAAUGCAUCUGCGCAAGCUGAUGCUUCGGAGCCUCAUGGAUUAUACUUACCGUUCAUGGAAAAUGGUGUUUUUUCUUCUACUAUUGAUGAAAUUGGACUUCAAAGACCAAGUCAUGAAAAUAGUGUUUUGAGCUCAAAUCACAGAGAGCAAGCCAACCUGGCCAAGUCUGGGAACUGGCUAGGAUUUGAUGAUUCUCAAAUAAAUUCAUCAAAACACCCGACUGAAGUAGUGGCCAAACAUGGUGGCUAUAGUGGGGCAGUUGAAUUUCAGCUGCCUGAAUAUGAGAGCUUAAUUUCUGUUGGAGAUUCUCUGAAUCCCCAGUUAUCGACAUUUAUGCCAACCGGAAAUUCAAGUAAAAAUGAGUUCUUGUCUUCAAACGUGCAUGUUGACAUAGCUGAGAAUCUGGCAGCUAUGGAUGCUGUCAUCAAAGACAAAAGAACCAUUGUAGGUUCGGAAAGUCUGCCCUUUGCACCUGGUCAUUAUGAACAGACAGAUCCUGAGAUUCCAUGCCGCAAUAUUCAGGUCCAACCAUCACAUCCCCAGUUUCAGCGCCCACAUAUGAGUCAUGGGAGUCCAUUAUUCCAUCCAUUGGAUUCUCAUCCUUCUCACACGAGUUCCCAGACGAAGUUCAUGGGUCCAGAGAGUAUGUACAAUCAUGAUGGUACAGCCAAUACUCAAUUUCCUGCAAAUAUUAUUCGCCUUCCUUUUUGUCAUCCCAAUUCAGGGAUUGCAGGGUACAAUCUCCAUGCUCAUCGUUCAAUGCUGCAUCCUGUGCCGAUGACAGGCAAUCGUCCCCAACUGUUACGUGACAUUCCAAGGGGUGCUCCUGUGCCUUAUCCUGGCAAUCAGACAACCAGUUUUAUUCAGGACAUGAACCAAAUGCAAGGGUUUCCUUUUGGACCCCACCAACCCAACAUUGGCAGCGUUGGAAUGCCAAUGCCAGCUCCUGAUCAUUCGUUUGGUAAUCCUCCUGAGGCAUUCCAAAGGCUAAUCGAAAUGGAACUCCAGGCAAACUCAAAGCAGAUCCACCCUUUUCGUGCUGCUCACAACCAAGGAAUUUAUGGUCACGAACUAGACAUUCGUUUCCCGAGGUGAAGGUUUGAUCAUGAUCACUCUUAUUCACAUUGACACUUGUGCCACCGCAAAACAGUCUCCACAUUGAAGGAUCUUGUCCUGGCAUACCUGUUUGGAUUAUGUAUUUAUUAUGGAAUUUGCAGCAGUUUGAGACUUUCGGUUUUAUAUUUUCUUAGGAGUUGAAAACAAAGGAAUGUAAAAGAGGGAGCCCACGAGUUUUAUGAUAGAGCUAUGGAAGUAUCUUUGUUAAAUAUUUCAGCUGUUUUCUUUUCUA